AUGAGUGAAGAUUUGAAAAAUCAUUUACAGUAUGAUAUAAUCAAGGGCUUCGAUUAUCGGUUGUUUCCUUACCUACGUCAUGAUGAUGGUAGUCCUAGAACAAAGCGUAACCAACAUACUGGUGAACCGGAAUUGCCAACAGAUGCCAACGAAGGAUUAGAAGCUGAUCGGACAUGGCAUACAGUCUCCAGUAAGAAAACGUACAAGAGAAUCGCAUUAACAUUACCAAGUGUAGUCAACUUUGCAAGAAAUCAUUUUCGAUGCAACGAGCUUGAUGCAGUUGAUCUAGAAUCCGAUGGUGACGAUGGAUCUAAACCAUCACACUUCGAACGACGUCUGUCUAUUAUUAAUAUUAAAAAACAUGAUGAUGAUGAUGAUGAUGAUGAUGAUGAUGAUGAUGAUGAUGAUGAUGAUGAUGAUGAUGAUGAUGAUGAUGAUGAUGAUGAUGAUGAUGAUGAUGAUGAUGAUGAUGAUGAUGAUGAUGAUGAUGAUGAUGAUGAUGAUGAUGAUGAUGAUGAUGAUGAUGAUGAUGAUGAUGAUGAUGAUGAUGAUGCUGAUGAUGAUGAUGAUGAUGAUGAUGAUGAUGAUGAUGAUGAUGAUGAUGAUGAUGAUGAUGAUGAUGAUGAUGAUGAUGAUGAUGAUGAUGAUGAUGAUGAUGAUGAUGAUGAUGAUGAUGAUGAUGAUGAUGAUGAUGAUGAUGAUGAUGAUGAUGAUGAUGAUGAUGAUGAUGAUGAUGAUGAUGAUGAUGAUGAUGAUGAUGAUGAUGAUGAUGAUGAUGAUGAUGAUGAUGAUGAUGAUGAUGAUGAUGAUGAUGAUGAUGAUGAUGAUGAUGAUGAUGAUGAUGAUGAUGAUGAUGAUGAUGAUGAUGAUGAUGAUGAUGAUGAUGAUGAUGAUGAUGAUGAUGAUGAUGAUGAUGAUGAUGAUGAUGAUGAUGAUGAUGAUGAUGAUGAUGAUGAUGAUGAUGAUGAUGAUGAUGAUGAUGAUGAUGAUGAUGAUGAUGAUGAUGAUGAUGAUGAUGAUGAUGAUGAUGAUGAUGAUGAUGAUGAUGAUGAUGAUGAUGAUGAUGAUGAUGAUGAUGAUGAUGAUGAUGAUGAUGAUGAUGAUGAUGAUGAUGAUGAUGAUGAUGAUGAUGAUGAUGAUGAUGAUGAUGAUGAUGAUGAUGAUGAUGAUGAUGAUGAUGAUGAUGAUGAUGAUGAUGAUGAUGAUGAUGAUGAUGAUGAUGAUGAUGAUGAUGAUGAUGAUGAUGAUGAUGAUGAUGAUGAUGAUGAUGAUGAUGAUGAUGAUGAUGAUGAUGAUGAUGAUGAUGAUGAUGAUGAUGAUGAUGAUGAUGAUGAUGAUGAUGAUGAUGAUGAUGAUGAUGAUGAUGAUGAUGAUGAUGAUGAUGAUGAUGAUGAUGAUGAUGAUGAUGAUGAUGAUGAUGAUGAUGAUGAUGAUGAUGAUGAUGAUGAUAUUUAUUUACUCCUCAUCUUUCAGAUGGUAUAA